UCGUACAAUUGUAUGAAACUCUUUUUGUGUAUGUAUGUGCGUGUGUGUGUAUGUGAUGUCGCAUUUUUGACCGCCAGGGAUUGUCGCAUGUUCCACCACCACGCUUCGCGCCGUGCGCCGAAAUGUGCGCUCAGAGACAGUGAAAUAAUUAUAAUCGGUGAUGAGACAGAGCGUUCAAUUGAAAGAUUCAGGGCGAUAAAUUGCUCGUGAACAUACCACUAAUGUUUUCAAGGCGUCAAGUCGUGACGCUUACCGCUGUCACGAGGAGCAUUUUGCAGUCGUCUCGUAGCCGGCAAUCAACUUGUGCAAGUGACUUUCCCAGACCAACACAUAGAUCUGUUCCAAGAACGCUUUUAGAAUACAGUCGUUUACAGUCUGCUGUGCCUGCUCAGCCAAGUAACCCAAAACUACUGCGUGUGGCCAUCAUAGGACAGCCAAAUGUGGGUAAAUCAACGUUGGUCAACCAACUGAUGCGUUGGAAGGUCUGCGCUGUAUCGAGCAAAGUUCACACGACUAGACACAAUGCCAAAGCCAUUUUUGUGAAUGGUGAGACUCAGAUCGUCAUUUUGGACACUCCUGGUAUCGUCGACCUCGAUCACGGCAGAAAGCAUCACUUGGAAGCAACCAUGAUUGUCGACCCUGAGCACGCGCUUCUCAACGCCGAUCUUGUCGCAGUGAUGGUGGACGCAUCAGAUCACUGGCGGCGGCACACGCUCGACGAGGAGACACUGAGGUUACUAGAGUACAACGCACAGUUAACUUCAGUUUUGAUUGUUAACAAAGUAGACCUGUUGAGGUCGAAAAGGCAGAUUUUGGAGUUCACGCAUUCAUUGACUGGUGGGGUGGUUGGAGGUGUAACCGCCUACAGAGAGAAAAUUGUGAAGAAAAGAUUGAGUCCCGAGGAACUUUUUGCCAGAGCGGGAGAAACAUCGAAAACAGAAACAGCGAACCUACAGGCGGAGGCUUUAGAUAGAAUGGGAGUGCAAAACCAGCUAGGCCAAAGUAAGCACAAGAACUGCUGGCGCAAUUUUUCCCGUGUCUUUAUGAUAUCUGCACUGAAUGAUGACGGCGUGAGUGAUAUCAGAAACUUCUUUCUUCAAUCAGCAAAACCCUCUGAAUGGAUGUAUCCAUUUGAGUUGGUUACUGACCAAAAUCCCCAUGAGCUGGCGACCCUAAUUGUGCGAGAAAAGGUCCUCAACCAUUUGCCUCGAGAUGUUCCCUACAAUCUGUCUGUGAGAGUAGCAGGGUGGGAUCUAGACUCAGCCGGAGUUCUUCAUAUUGUUCUGGAGAUUAUAGGAAAAAGUACACGUCAUGUCAAGCACAUCCUAGGUGACGGUGGGAAAACAAUAAAGGCAGUUGCUGCCGAGUCAAGACAAGAUCUUGCAGCAACCUUCAGGUCGGAUGUCUCUCUCAAGCUGGUCGUAAAAACUGAUACUUCUGCAAAAACUGGUGCAUAAGUGCAGCUUGUGGUCUGAGUAAUGCAGCACAAUAAGCUCAUGGAACAUCAAUAUAAAACUGUGUAGUUGCUUGUUACUAGAAUGCAAAUAAAGUCCAAUUAUGAUACAAGUUA